UCGCUUAUAUGAGCGGGCAGGAAGCCUUGCCGGGGAGGAAAGGGGAGGGACGGGGCGCCCGGAGAGGCUCCGCAGGCAGACGGCGAGGAGGCAGCAGGAGUGGCGACCGACAGCGCUUCCCUGGCUAUGGGGCUCGGUGGCCCCCCCCGCGCCCCUCCGCUGCAAACGGCUCUCAAUGGCUUAAAUGGACAUCAAAACAUAUCUCUCUCCUGGAAUGUACACCAUCGGAUGAUCUGAUUGUACAUGAACUAACUUCGGAAAAAAAAAUAGCAGCUUCAUUCUUUCUACAGUUCAGUUGAUUUAAUUUAUGGCUUGGUCCCACACAGGAAACCUAUAUUUUUAAUCUGAUAUUGCUCCCCUUCUGAUACGUGGAAUGACAAGGGUCCAUUUUUGUUGAACCCUCAUCAGGAGAACUUAGCAGCAGGUCUCGGAAAGGUGGAAGAGACUUGGAAGCACUGUAACAAGGUGAAAAGAAAUAUCUAUAUUGCCUUUUUUAAGCCCAUUUGGAGGAAAUGAAGAUUCUUCCCUAUGGACAGAGGUAGUGGAGUCAGUAUAUUCAGCCUAAGCCUGGAGUGGUAACUGGCGGGCGCCUGCAGCACCUCUUUUUGCCUUACGUUGGAACCUACAUCGUACUCAGUCUGUGGUGACAGCAGAACCCAAGUGGGAAAGAUGGUCACUGUAAGGAGGAGAAACGUGAAAGUGUUUACCUUUGCCUUUUUGCUCAUCACAGUAACAUCAUUUCUUCUGAACUACACACACCAGGUGACCGCAACCACCUGGGAUCUGAGACAUCUCAUCAUGCAGUUUUCAGAUCAAGUUCAAAAACUCUUCAAGUACCCCAGGAGACCGUGCAGCUGUCGCACAUGCAUUUCUGAGCUGGGACGUUCCCUCUGGUUCGAUCAGAGAUUUAAUUCAACUAUGCAACCCUUUCUGACCUCACAAAAUGCCUUUAUUCCAGAAGACAGCUACAGGUGGUGGCUGAAAUUGCAAGGAGAGAAAACUCCGAAGGAUAUUAAUGCUACUCUCAAGGAAUUGUUUGAGAUCAUUCCUGGAGAUGGAGAUCCACUUCAGGAGCGAGGCACUUACACAUGCAGGCGAUGUGCCAUCGUGGGCAACUCUGGGAACCUUCGGCAGUCUCAAUAUGGCCAAGAUAUUGACUCCCAUGACUUUGUGCUCAGAAUGAACCGUGCCCCCACAACUGGCUACGAAUCAGAUGUUGGGAGCAAAACCACUCACCAGUUUGUUUACCCUGAGAGCUACAAAGAGCUGGCAGAAAACGUGAGCAUGAUCCUGAUUCCCUUCAAAACCCUGGACCUGCGCUGGGUUGUCACCGCUCUCACCACAGGCACCAUCAACUUCACAUAUGUUCCAGUUCCACGGAAAAUCAAAGUCAAAAAAGAAAAGAUCCUGGUUUAUAAUCCAGCUUUUAUGAAAUACGUCUAUGAAAACUGGCUCCAGCAUCAUGGGAGAUACCCCUCCACAGGCCUUCUGUCUUUGAUAUUUGCACUCCACGUAUGCGAUGAGGUGGAUGUGUAUGGUUUUGGAGCAGACAGCAAAGGACACUGGCAUCAUUACUGGGAAAACAAUGCUUCAGCUGGGGCUUUCCGGAAAACAGGCGUCCAUGAUGGGGAUUUUGAGUUCAAUGUAACUUUGACUCUUGCCUCCAUUGAAAAAAUAAAUUUUUUCAAGGGCAGAUGACCCUGGACAUGGGAAGAAGUGGGGGCUGCAAUUUCCAACAUGCAGCAGAACAAAGCUCAGUGAAGAUGAUCUGGGUGCCAGACAGGUUUGAAUGCCUGAAUCUGCGAUGGAUUUGGAGCAUCUCACUGCUCUAAUGCUCACCAUAGGCAGCUUGGCCGAGGACCAGCUUCAACGCUGCACAUGAUUUCCUAUCUACAAAUUGCUGGGAACUACCAAUCAUUUGAGGGAAUAAGUGAAUAUCUACAUAGGCACUACAGCUUGAUUUCUAAGUUACUGAUGACAGAUCAGCCUGCUGUAAUUAGUGGAAACCUGGGCACAGGAAUUGCUGGUUUUGUGUCCGUUCUUUCCUUGAGUAAGGCAGGAGACCUUUGAAGAAGAAUGAAAACUUCUGGGACUCAAGACCCGCUAGGGCAGCUGUGAACAUCAUAGUAAGGAUUACCUCAAAGAAAUGAAUACACUUCUGCUGUUGAUCUUCUUUUGAACUGUCUCUCCUGCUUCCUCUAUUACUUCUGGUUUCAUGCUGUAUUAAGCAAAAAGAUGAUGAAGUUGCCUGGAGUAGUGAAUUUUUCAGCCAUUGCCUCAUUCCACAUUGAUAGCAUCUAGAAAAUAUGGAUCAAAUCGUCUCUGAUCAUGUAUCAUUUAAUAUUGCUUCCUAUACAGCCAUAAUGAGAGAGAAAAUAAUACUGCAAACUCCAGCAAAAACAACAAAAGAAGGCCUUUUUAGCAACUUGUAUGUUUUUCUUGUUUGGUUAUGUAUAUUUUUUGUUUCUCUUAUUUUUGGUGGAAAAUAAUGCUGGAAUGCUUGUUUUUAUUUAAUCAAUUUAAGGUCGGAAAGUGGACAUUUUUCUUUCAGUCUUUUCUAUGUGCCUUUUAUAAUUGUGCAACAGAUGUGAUUUUUUUUAAAGAUGACAAACCCUAAAUUAAACUUUUUUAUAAAAGGGGGGGGAAACUAACCAAAGUCUAGCCUCCAUGUGGUAUACUUUUGUAGUCAGAAACAAUAAUAACAGCUCCUAUAUUAUAUCUGAGCAAACACAAACACAAUGAAUUUUUAAAGGUAGCUUUUACCUUUUUUUAUGGGAAAAUAUCCAAAAGUUCUAAAGAAACUUUUUCUUUUAUUUUUUUACAAAUCUCUUUGAAAGAUCUCUAUUCAAAAUGGAAGACAUAUCAUGAGUUGGGAUAUCAGCUAGUAAUACAAGAGGAGUCUCUUGCCCUGUAGCAGCAUCUACAAGGACACAAACUACUCAAGCUGAUCCUAUAGUGUAAGCCAGACUUCAAAAUUAUGUGCAUCUCUGGAGGAAUGAGUGUAUUAAUGUCAGUGCCUCUAGGCAGUGAGAUGUGGGAAGUGACAGUGCAGAUUUUAUAUUCACAGAUUUUUGAUGGAAUCAGUAUGUUUAAUUGUCAAGGACAGGUGAAGUAUGAAUACAAGAACAAACUUCAUGUCAUGAAGAAUGGGGAACAGUAGGGAGGUUUUUUCCCCAAUAUCAUGAAAAUAGGACUUAUGGAUUAUUGACCCAUUUUCAGCUCUGGUGAAGCCAAUGGAUUUUUUGCCAUAGACUUCAAGGGACUUUAGAUUACUCUUGGAAAAAAAUGCAUAUUUCAUUUUUAAUAGAUUACAAUGCCUUGGGUUUGUGGCAGUUUAGAAAUCGUCUAAAUGACUCAACUUUCAUGUGCCAGUUGUGACAGCAUGUCCAAGUGGAUGCGUAUGUGAGCUCAGUGAAAGCCCAUCCGUUUGACCAGUGAUGUGCUUCAGUCCAAGAUUUAUCUCCUUGUCUUUCUGUGCCAACUGAUAACAGCGAGCCUCUCUCCAAGGCAGCAAUUCACAGCACAAUGGCACAGUCUGCUAGAAUAUGUGUACUUCGAGCCAGAGCACCACUUGCCAACGUGAACUGUUUUAAUCACCUGAGUACUACUGGCCUCACAGUAUAUAAAGAGAUGAGGAUGCCAAACAUCUGUGUGGGGAACUGAGCUCACUUUGCUGUGCACACAUGACCUUCAGUUUAGCAAUAUGGAAAGGGCAGGAUUUCAAAUCCUCAUGCUGAGACCUGUUUUCAUGAUCCUCGUAUCAGAAAGCCCUUUCCUAGCGUGGUGGCCAGCAAAACUCCUCUGUGAGUCACAGGCACACUAAGUUCUCUAGGCUUACUGUCUUCUACAUGUCCUUUGUAAAACUAUUAAACAUUUUUACUAGAGCCAUGUUUAUUUGUUCUAAGCAUUUCCACUGUUUAAAUUGUUGUUCAACAAUAUGCUUCUGGUGAGAUGUCACCAUAAUACAAGCAAAGCGACUUUAAGAGGAAAAAGACUCCAUGGAAGAUCCCAAUGGUAUCUUCACCCUUUGUCUGGAUUUUGGAGAUAUUUUUUUUUAUCAUGAACUUCAAAUAUUUUCAUUUUUUUUUAUUUCUCAUGGGCAGAUGUCAGUAAUUCAGAAACACUGCAUUGCUGUUUCAGUCUUUUUUAUAAGACUUGGAGGAAACAUCAUGGUGGCUUGAUGUUUGAUUACCACUGAUUGUUUGAAAAAUCAAGUGGCAGUUUGAGAUCAAAGGAGGUGAUUAAAAAAGUCAGGUACCUUAUCCUAGAAUGUUUUGGGUUGGAAGGGAUCUUUACAUGACAUCUAGUCCACACCCCUCCCUUCAGGAGCAGGGACAUCUUUAGAUCAGGUUGCUGGAUCUUCUAGUCUGUGUUGUUCUGAAAGUUUCCUCUUGCUGUCCAAAUUAAAUUUCAAUUUUCUCCUGAAUAAUCUGCCUUUCACAGCACAUAUGAAACAUUGUGACUCAUAGUGUAGUGGGUACAUUUAGUGUCUUCAUCAUGGAACAAGCUGCAAUUCCCAUUUAAUUUUCUUGCUGACAGCAAGCAGUAGCUGUGUACGACUGUUGUGCAUUUUUCAGAGUGUGAGGAGAGUAGAAAGUGGACCUUCCUAGAUAUAGGAUGAUGGAUAGUCUGUGCUAUCACAUUUCUACUCCAGAAGAACUUUUUCUAGAGUCCUUUAGGCGACUGACUGUUGUGUUAUAUCUUUCUGUCAGUUUCUCCACAAUUUUGCUGCUCUUUCAAAUGCCUUCAGAAUAAGGAGAUACCAGAUGCUGAGGGAAGAAUUAAUUCCCACUACCAGUGUUAAAGACUGUUUGUGUUCCUGCUAUAGACUUUCUGGGUUUAUUUUAUUAAAAGAACAACAAAGGAAAACAUUUAGCAACAUGUCAAGGCUUCAAAAUCUUGCACUGUUUUUUGCCACCACUGCAAAGUCUCUGAAGCACUCCUCAAGUGUGUGUUAUGUUUUUUACCAAAGCCAAAUCUCUUGAGCACUUUUUGUCCCCAUGACCAGAUUUUCUUCCUAUUUUUCUUUGACUACAUGAUCAGUUAUGAUAAUUUUUGGUUUUUUGUUUUGGUGGGGAGUCUCAAUCAUUCU